AGUAACUUGAGAAUGUUGAAAAUCACAAUUUUCUUAUCUUAUCUUCUAUAUUGAAACCAACAAACUCACUUUAAAGCUCAGCAAACAAAUUAACAAAGAAAAAUAUUCCAAACAAAGACAUAUUUUAAUUUCUACUUUGAUUUUUCCUUUAUAGAAAACAAUAGGCAGGAAUGAAGGUUGCAUGUCUCGUUUUGGUGUUGUGCAUUGUUGUUGCACAUAUUGCAGAAGCUGAUAGAUUUGCCUUCAUUAUUUAUACUCUUACUCCAUGCUAUCCUUUUCUUAUAGGUUCAAUUUCAGUUGCUACGCCACAUUGUUGUGAAGCAGUGAAGGAAGUUGAUGAUGACGCCAAAGACUAUGAUGAUCGUCUAGAAACUUGUGACUGCUUGAGAGAUAUGGCUCUUUCUUUUAAGAAGGAUUUCAAUGUUGAAAAUGGUGCUGCACUCUUUGCCUUAUGUGGUAUUCAAACACCCUACCAGAUUUCUCGAGAUAUCAACUGUACCAAGAUUAUUGAACGCGAUGAAGAUGAUUAUGAUGAAGAUGAGUAGGAAGAUGAAGAAAAGAGGGAAAAUUAGAUAUUGAUGGUUCACGAAUCAAGGGUGUGGAAGUUGUGGCGGAUGUUGGGUCACGGAAUAUUGUCACCACUAUAUAGAGUGCUUUAUUGCUGCUAUUGAUAAUAAGAAUGAAAGUGACGGAGGAUCAUCUUAUAUAUAAUCUUAUCUUCUUAUUUAAUAUUGAUAAUAAGAAUCAAAGUGAUGGACGAUCAUCUUAUAUAUGACCGUAUCUUCUUAUUUAAAUUUGAGUUUCUGGAUAUUUAUCAUAC